UAUUAAGUAACCCGAACCGGGACAUCCAGUUUUCACUUGCAUAGGCGGAAAGUCUGGAGUUCUCUUCCCGCGCAAAUGGGAGCUUUCCUGGAACGUGGAUUACGCAGAAAAUUUUAAUUUCGUUAAAACUUUUUUUCAGGCAAUUUCCUCCGGGAACCAUUUACCUCCAGAGGACGAGCGGAAUUUGAUUUGAAGGCUGGCCAUGACAUCUCAAGGUCAAAGUGUGAAGCUCCAUUUAGAUGAUAAUUUUCAAGUGAACUUCCGUGAGAGACUUCUGAUUAUUGAUUCAAAACUGGAGACCCAAGAUGUGGAGGGCUUGAAGUUUCUCUGCCGAGACUGGAUCUCUGACAAGAAGCUGGAGAAAUACAGCUCAGCCUCGGAUAUUUUUGAUCACCUGGUGGCAGCAGAGCUGCUGAGUAAGGAAGACCCUUUCUUCCUAGCAGAACUCCUCUAUAUACUCAAGCAGAAUUUGCUGCUGCGUUACCUCCACCAAAGCAGAGAGCAAGUGGAGAGUUUGCUGCCCACCCGGAGGAGGGUCUCUCUGUUCAGAAACCUGCUGUACGAACUGUCAGAGGGAAUCAGCUCAGAGAACUUAAAGGACAUGGUCUUCCUUACUAGAGAAUUGAUUCCCAAAACCCAGAUGACCUCUCUAAGUUUCCUGGCAUAUCUGGAGAAACAAGCUUUAAUAGAUGAAGAUAAUCUGGUGUUAUUGGAGGAUCUCUGCAGAAAAGUUGUACCUAACCUUACAAGAAAGAUAGAAAAAUAUAAGAGAGAGAAAGCCUCCCAGGUAGGGACAUGUCCUGUGGACAAGGAAACCGAGUCAUUGCAUCACGGAGAGAAAGAACUGUUUUCCUGUUCAGACGUUAAACAAUUCUCUGAAGCCUUACCGGAAGCAACUCUGUACAGGAUGGAUCGGAAGCACAGAGGCCACUGCGUUGUUGUCAAUAACCACAUCUUUACCAAACUCCAAAAACGACCAGGGACUGAUAGAGAUGCUGAGUGCUUGGAGCGUGUGUUUCAGUGGCUUGGGUUCAACGUACAUAUAUAUAAUAAUGUGACCAAAGGACAUCUGGAUGAGAUUCUGAAGAAAUAUAAGAGUCAUCCAGACCAUGCUGAUGGAGACUGCUUUGUGUUCUGUAUUCUGACCCAUGGGAAAUUUGGAGCUGUCUACUCUUCAGAUGGGGUCCUCAUUUCCAUUCGGGAGAUCAUGUCUCACUUCACAGCCCAGCAAUGCCCUGGCCUUGCCCAUAAACCCAAACUCUUUUUUAUCCAGGCCUGUCAAGGUGAAGAGAUACAACCUUCUGUAUACAUUGAAGCAGAUGCUUUAAAUUCUGAGCAUGCACCUCCUGCCCCUUCCCUUCAGGACAGCAUUCCCAGUGAUGCCGAUUUCCUUCUUGGCUUGGCCACUAUCCCCGGCUAUGUAUGCUUUCGGCAUGUGGAGGAAGGCAGCUGGUAUAUUCAGUCUCUGUGUAAUAAUCUGAAGAAAUUGGUCCCAAGACAUGAAGAUAUCUUAUCUAUCCUCACUGCUGUCAACCAUGAUGUGAGUCUACAAGCAAACAAGAACGGAACAAUGAGACAGAUGCCCCAACCUGCUUAUACACUACGGAAAAAACUCAUAUUCCCGAUGCCACAAAAACCUUUAUUGUACUAGAGAGUUCUCAAUGACUCUGACUUGAAAGGAACCUUUGGUUUCUCUUCCAAUCUCCAUCCAUCAUAAGAAUCAGUGAUAGAUGGUGAGCCUGUCAUUCUUAUGAUAGGAAAUACCCUAUUUUCUGACUCAACAACUUUUUUUUUGACAAGUCUAAUUGUUAGAACACUUUCUUUAUUGUAGCCUUGGAUUGUAGUCUUGGCAUUAGCUGUGCACUUGGAGAAAAAGCAGUUGGCCUUGGUUUGUGCAUCUGUGAGGUAAAAGGUAGUAAGUACCAGGUACAUUUUAAGGUUCUUUUGAGCUCUAAAGAACAGCUAUUCUUAGCCUCAACUGAGCUUUGAUUUCCUCUCUGUAUGAUCACCCCUUGUUAUUCAGUGUCCCCUCUGCAUGGCCUUGUUUUGGACAUUGGAUAAUGAUAAGAUCAUACAUGGUUCAUUGACCCUUCUCUGCUCUGCACUUCUUAAAGGCUUCUCAUCUGCACAUCUCCUGGGGUGAUAAUUUUGUUUAUACGAUGCCCAUUUCCUGCUGUUAGUACAAAGAAGGUGCUACUACAAGAACUGGUUAUCUUGAGUUGGGAAUAAGUUUGGUUCUAGGAAGACAAUAGUUCAGUAGAGGAGAGACAACUCAGCCACUCUGGGAAUGGAGACUUUACAACCUGAGGUUAAAUUCCCUGUUGAUCAGAACUUUUCAGAUGCUGAUGACAGAACACCCACCUCAAACCAACCAAAGCAAAGAAGGGAAUUUAUUGCCUCAUUCAUCUGAAAACACACAAUUGGGUAGUGCUGGCUUCAGGUGAAGCUUGAAUCAGGAGUCGGUCUGCACUGUGGCAUCUCUCUCAUAGCUUCUCUUGGUGGCUGCACUGUGCUGACUACAGCCAAUAGCCCUGCUUUGUCUCCAACGUGCUCUGUUUCUCUGGUCCAAAGAAUUGAAGAGAGAGGCAGCCUUAGCGAUGAAGCUAUUCAUGGAAGUUGUUGUUAGAGAGUUGUACGACUAUGCCUUGUGGGGGAUGUGGUUCUGUAUGGAGGCCUUGCUACUUUUUACAUUAAGGUUUUGAAUAUCUUUAUGUAUGUGAACUUUUUUCUAUUUCAAGAGGAAUUUUUCUUUUUUCUUUCCUAAAGGAGAGAGAUUGAAAGUCCUGUAUUUAAGGCCUUUAUUUAUAGAUGAAGAAGUUGAGGCCCAAGGAGGCAGAGUGAUUUGCUACAAUCCCCCCUCCAGUUGUUGUUUACAGGGUUUUAUUCCCACUCGAGUGAACUGGAAUGUUAUGGGACAUAACAGGGCUUUAGGAACAUUUCCUUGGAUAUGGAGACAUCCAUGAAAGACAUCUGGGAAUGAAGAAGAAUAACUUAGUGAUGCCUGAUUUCGUAAUCAUUAAUGUGAAAGUCAAAUUGAUUUAUGGUAUAUUUGCUAUAAUAAAUAUUCAUAAGCAGUUUAAAAAAUUAUAUAGCUGAUAAUUACAUGGAUUUGAAUGUAGCUUGGACAAGGACAUGAGUCUAAUACAUAUGUCAGGAUGAUCUUCCAAAAUCUUUGUAUAUACAAGUCAGAGCAAACAGCUGGUGAUUAGAGUCCUUCCCAAAUUGAAUAUACACAGGUUUUGGCCACUACAUAGUCCUUCUCCGCAAGUGAAGGAUGAUGUAGUACAAAGCAAAAAACAAAGAAUCUGGAGACAGAAGCCUUUUGGUUUCCAUUUUGCCUUGUGACUUUCUUGCUCUGAGACACUAAGUCAAGCUAGUUUUUUCAGCCUUAUCAAUAAAAUAGAGAAAGAUUACCUAUUUAAGAUAAAGAUGAGGUAAAUAUAUAUCCAUUUAAAUCUAGUCAUUAUGAGGUUAUAUACAAGACCUUUUUAUGUGGUAGAUACCUCUGGCAGUCACCUAACUGUAAAUAGAGUUUGAGUUCCUUUGUGUCUAAUUCCAGCUGAAUUUUAGCCACAAAUCAAUACUAGCACUACCCACCAAUGUCCUCCUAGUGAAGAGUUGAUUCUCUGUUCACUGAUUAACAAUGUCCCCGGCGGCAGCAGGCUGACUCUUGGCUCUGAAUCCAGCUGGACAAAACACUGCUAAAGAAUUCUCUUUUCUCAGCAACAUUUGGGGUCUGAUACUUAUGUCCCGGUUCUGUGGUUUAUUUCAUAUUUUUGUCUUGCUGCAACUUACUGCUUGUGCAAGGUUAAAUUCUAGGAUCAGGAAACUUUCCCAUGAACUUUCUGUUCAGAGUUCCCCAGCAAGCACUUUAGGAAUCACUAGACAUUUAUGUCUGUAAGUCCCGUGCCUAUGCAGACACCAGGAGUACAAUCAUCCUUUGGUCAUUUCUCCUAAAUGAAGCAUCUACACACUUGUCCCUCAUCUCUGUGUGUGUGUGUAUGUGCACAUGUGUGAGAAUUUAGAGUGAAUCCCAAUAGAUGAUUUGGUCACCUAUUCAGCAGAAGCUACUGCCAUUGGCUGUGCAGACAUUUAUGAAAGAAAUGUGCAGACCCAGUGAGAUUUCUGUAUAUUUUGCCUAGUUUUGCUCAACCUAUAAGAGUUGCAGUUAUAUUUUUUCUUUGUUUUCUGGUUUUGUUUUGUUUUUUGUUUGUCUCAAAAGUUGGGCUUCUACCAAACAACAUGAAGGAUAUGGAAACUUUUUAUAGAAUAUUACACAAAUGUUAGUUAUUUAAUAAUGAUACUACUGGUGUUGAUUAUUAUUGGAGAUGUUAGUCACCACAGCAUCCUACAGGGCCUCCCCAUGGCAGUGGGCCGGGGUGAUAUCACCAGCGUUUCCCUUAGUCAGUGCUCAGGUAAUUCCAACAUACAAGUAGCUGGUGCAGUGUGGUUACCGACCAAUCGGAACAGACAUCGACCAGUAUGUUUAACACUAUGAUGAAUGCUGCUUAAUAGCAGCCCCUUACAAUCAAUGAUCAGGCUUCCACUGAGGUAGACCAAAGUAGAAGUUUACCUCAUUUUGUAGAUAACUUUUGUGCCAUAUCUGAUUCACAAAAUCUUCUAGGUCAGAUACUUUCUGAGUGAUUUAGUUAAGUUGUUCUCAACCUUGUAAUUCCUGGGUCCUUGGAUGUUUGUGGGGUUAUUCUCAGGGUCUUUGAGUUCUCCACCUUCACUUUGAAAUGCUGUAAUUCCUUUUUGGUGGUCAUCUUAAACAUUAAUAGAGAUGCAUCCUGGCUCUUCUGCGUGAUCACUUCAUAUUUGAGCUGUGCCAAACAACUUUUGUGCCCAUACCCUUGUGCCCACAGAAAGUGAUGAACUUUAUAUUGAGCUUUUUAAUGUAGCAUGGAUUAGGGUCCAUGGCCAGAGGUCCUCAGAUUUAUUGUCAGGUACCAGUGGUUAAUCUGAAACCUGCUCCAGUUCAUCCUCUUAAGCCAUGAUAGGCUCCUAGCCCACCAUCCCUCAACCCCUGCUUAACUCUUAGCAGAGGGAACUCACACUACAUGCAAAGUCAUGGGCUAGGGAGCUAUGAGGGACCCUAGAGAGCCCAUGGUCCAGCCUUCAGGAUGUAAAAAGGCUUAUUAAAGUCUUACCGCUGUUAGUGGAGGAUUUGCAAUCCUGUGUAUUUCCUGAUUAGCAAUCUUGCCUCCUGGUUUCACUUUUGGACAACUUUAACUAUUCUUUUCUCUGUGGCGACUUGAAUCUACCUGCUUAGAACGUGCUGGAAUGCACUGCCUCUCAUUUUAAACUCUGGAGUCAUACCAAACACAUGUAACUAUCUUCUGGUGAAGUACACAUUUCACGUGACAUGGUAUGUAAUUUUCUUUGUGGUAGGGUCUGGCUCUCCUCAAAAUUCUGCAGGGAUGCCUGGGUGACUCAGUUGGUUGAGCAUCCGACUCUUGAUUUCAACUCAGGUCAUGAUCCCAGGGGUGGGGAAUCCAGCCUCCAUUGGGCUCCACACUGGGUGUGGAGCCUGUUGAGAUUCUCUCUUGCACGUGCUUGCUCUAAACUUAAAAAAGCGAGGGGGGGGAUGUCUGCAGUUUGCUUUUAAGGAUGUGAAUAUCACAUUUGUAUCUUUGAACAGUAGCUAAAUUCCUGAAAAUGGCUACCUUUUAAAAAAGUACUAGGAGAAUUUCUUUGUUUAAAAAAAGACUGAUUUGCUAACACAAAGAAGCAUUUUAUAACAAGCAUAUAUGAAUUUUUAAAAGAAGGUUUUUCUAUUAAAACUUUAGGUUGUGUUAGUUUUACCUAUUUUUGAAUAAGAAAUAUCUUAACAUUGUUCAAAGAUCAAAAAAUAUAUAGAGGUAUUCAAGAUAAGUCUUGCGUGCAUUUCUGUUCACUAAAUGCCCAGUCCUCCCACUUUCACAUCCCAGAGAUAAUUUCAGGAUUUCUUAAUCAAAUGCAAAUACAACAAACACAAAUACAUAUGUAUUUUAAAGUAGGCAUUUUUUGAAACAAAGUACAUACAAUGUGAAACUUGUAUCUCUCAUUUGGUCUCAUUUUAAAUGAUUCUGUAAGUUGCUUGGCAAUAUUGGUACAACUCUAGAAUGGGAAUAACUUUAUGAGCUUUGUGAACUGGGUACUUGUAAGUAGUAGUAAUUGACUUACCAGUAAAAUAAAGGGAUUUUUCCCCGUUUUA